CCUCCUCCCCUGCCCGGACGGACGCGCACUCCACCGCCACCGGGCCCCCCGUCUCGAGAUCCCGCAUCCCAGCGCCCACCGCCGAUGGCCACGCUCAAGGUCCCCGCCACCGUCCCGACCGCCGCCGACGACUGCGAGCAGCUCCGCAAGGCGUUCCAAGGGUGGGGCACGAACGAGGCGCUCAUCAUCUCUAUCCUGGGCCACCGCGACGCCUCGCAGCGCCGCGCCAUCCGCCGCGCCUACGCGGAGACGUACGGCGAGGAGCUCCUCCGCUCCAUCACCGACGAGAUCUCAGGCGACUUCGAGAGGGCCGUGAUCCUGUGGACGCUUGACCCGGCGGAGCGGGACGCAGUGCUCGCCAACGAGGCGGCCAGGAAGUGGCAGCCCGGGAACCGCGUGCUCGUCGAGAUCGCGUGCACGCGCGGCUCCGCGCAGCUCUUCGCUGUCAGGCAGGCGUACCACGAGCGCUUCAAGCGCUCUCUUGAGGAGGACAUCGCUGCGCACGUCAAAGGAGACUUCCGCAAGCUGUUGGUGCCACUUGUAAGUGCAUACCGCUAUGAUGGACCAGAGGUCAACACAAGGUUGGCACACUCAGAAGCCAAAAUACUUCAUGAGAAGAUCCAGCACAAGGCUUACAGUGAUGAUGAGAUCAUCAGAAUCCUCACCACUAGGAGCAAACCUCAGCUGCUUGCUACAUUCAAUUAUUACAAUGAUGCAUUUGGCCACCCAAUCAACAAGGAUCUGAAGGCUGAUCCCAAGGACGAGUACCUCAAGACGCUGCGGGCGAUCAUCCGGUGCUUCACCUGCCCCGACAGGUACUUCGAGAAGGUCGCCAGGCAGGCCAUCGCGGGGAUAGGCACGGACGAGAGCUCCCUGACCCGGGUCAUCACCACCCGCGCGGAGGUGGACCUGAAGCUGAUCAAGGAGGCGUACCAGAAGAGGAACAGCUUGCCGCUGGAGCGCGCCGUCGCGGGGGACACCUCCGGGGACUACGAGAGCAUGCUCCUCGCGCUCCUGGGGCAGGAGUGAUCAGCCCCCGCGUGUCGCUUCCCGGUUCCGUGCUUUCUGUUUGUGGUCUGGUCGGGUAAUAAACCUGAUAUGCGUUGCCGUAAGUUCUUGUGGACGUGAGGUUGUUUCUUCAGUGCUGGUACUUUCGCUGCAGCUUGCAUAACAGUGGUGAUCAAAUAAAUGAUGUCUACGAGGAAUCAUGGCAUUUGUUUUUGUA